UUACUAAGUUCUCGCGAGACAAACGUCAAACUGGCUGAGUGGAAUACCAAAUCUCGCGAAUGAUCUCGCGAGACAAACCAUGGCGAAGUAAAAGGGGCCGUGUGGAGCUUAGCAGUGAGAAAACACGAGAUUUGGAUUCGUCUCAACUAGAAAGUACAGAAUGAGAUUCAAAACAUCUCUGCUGAAGGAGCCGAAACAUAAAGAGCUGGUCAGUUGUGUGGGCUGGAUCACAGCUGAUGAAGUCUACUCCUGUAGUGAAGACCAUCAGAUUUUAAAAUGGAACCUGCUCACGAAUGAGACCAGUGUGGUGGUGAAGCUCCAGGACGAUAUCUAUCCCAUCGACCUGCACUGGUUUCCCAAGACUAUAGCUGGGAAGAAGCAGGCUUUGGCAGAGAUCUUCGCACUAACCAGUACUGAUGGUAAGUUCCACUUGCUGUCUAAGACGGGACGUAUCGAAAAGAGCGUGGAGGCCCAUCGAGGAGCCGUGCUGGCGAGCCGCUGGAAUUACGAUGGAACGGCUCUCAUCACAGCUGGUGAAGACGGACAAAUCAAGAUCUGGUCUAAAAGCGGGAUGCUGAGGUCCACUUUGGCCCAACAAGGAUGUCCUGUGUACUCCGUGGCCUGGGGUCCAGACUCCGACAGGAUACUCUACACGUUUGGCCGGCAUCUUAUCAUCAAACCUCUGCAGCCGAGCUCCAAAUCCGUGCAGUGGAAAGCUCACGAUGGCAUUAUUCUAAAGGUGGACUGGAAUUCUUUGAAUGAUCUGAUUCUGUCCGGCGGUGAAGACUGUAAAUAUAAGGUGUGGGACAGUUAUGGGAGGCCUCUUUACUCCUCCUCCCCCCAUGAUUACCCUAUCACCUCUGUGGCUUGGGCUCCUGACGGUGAGGUGUUCGCUAUGGGCUCUUUUAACACCCUCCGACUGUGCGACAAGACCGGGUGGUCAUAUGCCCUGGAGAAGCCAAACACAGGCAGCGUAUUCAGCUUGGGUUGGUCUGCUGAUGGCACUCAGCUAGCAGGAGCAUGUGGGAAUGGUCAGGUCAUCUUCGCUCACAUUGUGGAGCAGCGUUGGGAAUGGAAGAACUUUGAGAUCACGCUCUCCAAGAGACGAACCAUGCAGCUGAGGAACGUGCUGAAUGAUGCAGUGGACACUUUGGAGUUCAGGGAUCGAGUUAUCAAAGCGUCACUAUCUCAUGGUCACCUGGUAGUGGCCACCGCUCUCCAGUGUUUAGUCUACAGCACUAAAAACUGGAACACGCCGCUGAUAUUUGACUUGAAGGAAGGAACGGUCAGUCUGAUCCUCCAGGCCGAGAGGCAUUUCCUAUUGGUGGAUGGAGGAGGCAUCUACGUGUACUCGUAUGAAGGACGCCUGGUUUCCGCUCCCAAGUUUCAAGGCAUGAGGACAGAUAUCCUGAACGCACAGACCGUCUCACUGAGCAACGACACCAUCGCUGUACGAGACAAGACCGAUGAGAAAGUCGUCUAUUUGUUCGACGCUCAAACAGGAAAACCCGUCGGUGAUGGCAAACCUUUAACCCACAAGAUGGAAGUGACGGUAAUUGCCCUUGACCAGUGCGGAGCCUCUAAUGACAGGAAGAUCGCCUUGAUUGACAAAAACAACGACCUUCAUCUGACCUCUGUGCGCAGGCUGGGCCGAGAGCAGAGCAUGCACAAGAUUGGGUCUAUGGUCCACACCAUGGCCUGGAAUGACUCAGCCAAUAUCCUGUGUGGAAUCCAAGACAACCAGUUCACUGUGUGGUACUACCCCAGUGCUGUAUUUGUAGACAAGGACCUGUUACCCACAACACUCUUCACCAAGGAUGCCAGCGAGUUCAGCAGCGCUCCACAUAUCCUGAACUACACGGGGACGCAGGUGACGGUGAGGCGGGCUGACGGUUCGUUGGUGUACAGCGGUGUGCCACCCUACCCCACCAUCCUGCACGAGUACGCAGGAUCCUCUCGCUGGGAGGAAGCCCUCCAUCUGUGCUGCUUCGCCAGGGAUCAGGCGCUGUGGGCGUGUCUGGCUGGUAUGGCCAUGGCUAACAGAGAGCUUAACACAGCUGAGACAGCUUACGCAGCCAUUGGAGAGGCGGAGAAAGUGCAGUAUAUAAAAUUUAUAAAGGAUUUGCCCUCUAAGGAAUCCUCCCUGGCUCAUAUACAUCUCUUCAGUGGACAAGUACAAGAGGCUGAAGCUGCAUUAAUACAAGCAGGCCUCAUAUACCAGGCCAUUCAGAUCCACAUUGACCUCUUCAGCUGGGACAGAGCUCUGGAACUGGCAGUGAAGCACAAAACCCAUGUGGACACCGUCCUUGCUCAUAGACAGAAGUUCCUGCAAGACUCUGGCAAAGAAGAAACCAACAAGCGUUUCCUGCAGUACUCUGAAGGGGUGGAGGUGGAUUGGGAGAAGAUCCAGUCCAAGAUUGAGAUGGAGCUAGCCAAAGAGAGAGAGCGAGCAGCCAACUCUUCAGUCAGGAGCAGCAUGGCCUCUCACCGCUGAAAAACAGACAUUACCCAGCAAUCUCAGCAGGACCAUUGUUCUCACUGCUGACCUGAGAUCAGACUCCUGGAGUUGGAGUACUUUGGAUAAGUAACUUUUGGGUCAUUCGGUGUAAUACGGUCAGUUUCCUCUUGUUCAUCGGUCAGCCUUGUGUGUUCAUUCUGUGAGCAUGUUUAAUCAUCUGUCCUGUAAAUAAUCGUGUAAUCAUUAAGCACUGAUCUCUUUAUAAGCAAACUUUGUAUAGAGUCAUAUUUUAGAUGAAACAAAAAGCCUUAUUUAAUGAUGUGUAAAAGCUGUUUAAUAAAUAACACACCUCUGCUGAAUACA